AUGAGUUUCCACAAGGAAGAUGGUGUGGGGAGCCUGUGUCACAAGGCGCUGCAGAUCAUCUCCGAGCUGUGCCUGGGGGGCCAGGUGGAGCGGGAGAAAUGUUCAGGCAUCUUCUUCCCCUUGGAGACCACCAAGCAAGGUAUAGGCAGCACAGACAUCUCAGUCAGUCUGCUAGCAGUAGUCGUCAGCUUCUGUGGGCUUGCCUUGCUGGUAGUCUCGCUAUUUGUCUUUUGGAAGUUGUGUUGGCCAUGCUGGAGAAGCAAACCUCUUAUUUCUAAUACCAGUAAUAUCCCUCAAAGCACCUGUAGUGCUCCUGCUGAGGUUUUCGAAACCAACGAGAAAAAGGAAAUUAAAGAAAAUGGGAAACCUUCAGUGAAGGUACUUGAGGCUGCAAUGAAAAUUAGCCACACUUCACCUGAUAUUCCAGCCGAAGUCCAGAAUGCAUUGAAAGAACAUCUAAUUAAACAUGCACGCAUGCAGAGACAGAUCACUGAGCCUGCAUCCUCAUCAAGGCAUAAUUCUUUCAGGAGGCACUUGCCAAGGCAGAUGCAAGUGUCCAGUGUUGAUUUUAACAUGGGGACAGAUCCGAUUUUACAACGGGGUGAAACAACAACCAGCAUUGGGCGAAUAAAACCAGAACUCUAUAAACAGAAGUCUGUUGAUUCGGAAGAUAAGCAAGAAGAUGUGAAAAUCUGUGGGAAACUUAACUUUACUCUCCGGUAUGAUUAUGAAAAUGAACUCCUUGUUGUUACCAUUGUCAAAGCCUUAGAUCUACCCGCUAAAGACUUCACAGGAACCUCAGAUCCGUACGUUAAGAUUUACCUUCUCCCAGACAGGAAAAAGAAGUUUCAGACACGGGUUCACAGAAAGACUUUAAAUCCUGUCUUUGAUGAAACCUUUCAGUUUCCUGUAGCCUAUGAUCAGCUCAGCAACAGGAAAUUGCAUUUCAGUGUAUAUGAUUUUGACAGAUUUUCUAGACAUGACAUGAUUGGGGAAGUUAUUCUUGAUAACUUUUUUGAAGUCUCUGAUCUCUCCAGGGAAGCCACUGUGUGGAAAGACAUCCACUGUGCCACCACAGAAAGCAUAGAUUUGGGUGAAAUCAUGUUUUCCCUUUGCUAUUUACCUACUGCCGGGCGAAUGACAUUAACAGUAAUCAAAUGUAGAAAUCUCAAAGCCAUGGAUGUAACUGGCGCUUCAGAUCCGUAUGUCAAAGUCUCAUUGAUGUGUGAGGGUCGAAGGCUGAAAAAGCGGAAAACAACUACAAAGAAAAACACACUUAACCCAGUUUAUAAUGAGGCCAUCAUCUUUGAUAUCCCUCCAGAGAAUGUGGACCAGGUCAGCCUCUCCAUUGCUGUGAUGGACUACGAUCGAGUAGGACACAAUGAGGUGAUCGGGGUGUGUAGGACAGGACUUGAUGCUGAAGGACUUGGAAGAGAUCACUGGAAUGAAAUGCUGGCUUACCCCCGUAAACCUAUUACUCACUGGCAUCCAUUGGUAGAGUUACCUGGCCAGGCAACCAGUUUUGAUAGCCAGGGGUCUUGUUCAUCACCAAAACCACCACCUACACCCUAG